AUGCUCAUGCAACGAGGAGAACCUUUCAGAACUAUUAUAUUGGCUUUUGCUUAUAUCUCAGUAAUGUUGUUUCUAGUGGCUUUACUUGUCCAACAACCCGGACCAAUCACAGCACUAUUAUCAGUAAAGAGUUCGGAGUUUCCAAUAUCUGAUACUCCCUCACAGGAAGAUAAUAUCAUACCUAAUGCCUCAUCGGUUAUUACUAGUAUUCCUCAGUACUUUCAGACUACACCUGAACUAUGGGCUGGCCCAACAGCUACGGGAAUGGCGCCUUUUCUAGCUCAAACGAAUCCAGUGUCAUUUACAGGAACUGCUACAUUUGUUCCAAACACACCUCUAGAAACUGCUUACCCUAUAGCAGGUGCCCAACAAAACCAAAACGUAUUUCAGCUCAUGGGACAUCUUUCCCCCUACUUUCCAAAUAUAAACGGGUUUGGGGUACAUGAGUAUCCUCUACCACUAGGUGCUAGAAUAACUCAAGCUCAGAUGCUAUCACGCCAUGGAUCAAGAUAUCCAACUUCGAGUGACCUUGUCAAUAACUUUGCACAAAAACUUGCGAACAAGACAAUCGGAUUCAAAGCAAAUGGAGCGCUUCAGUUCUUAAAUAAUUGGAAAUUUAAUCUUGGCUCAAAUAUUUUGGUACCUCGAGGCCGGCAAGAAUUGUUUGAAAGUGGAAUAUUACACUAUUACCAAUAUGGCCAACUCUACAAUCCAAACAGCAAAAUAAUUGCAAGGACGACCACUCAAGAUCGCAUGUUGAAGAGUGCAGAAUACUUCCUGGCAGGUUUUUUUGGUCUAGAAUGGACACAAAAUGCUACCAUUGAGGUCAUAAUUGAAGCCAAUGGCUACAACAACUCGCUUGCUGGAAGUGAAAGCUGUCACAAUGCGAAAAAUUUUCGAAACGAUGGUGGUAAGAACGCGUCUAGCGUAUGGGUAGGUAACUAUCUCCAAAAUGCGACUUCAAGGUUUCAAUCAAUGCUUGAAGGCAUCGACUGGAAUGUCACGGAUACUUUUGCGGCUCAGACCUUAUGUCCAUAUGAGACGGUAAAUCACCUUGUUGCCUUCGGCUAUUCUGCAUUCUGUGAUUUAUUUACUUAUGAAGAAUGGGAAGGUUUUGAAUAUGCGCAGGAUCUUUACUUUGCGGGCUCAUCCUCUUUUCAAUCUCCAACUGGUCGUGCAGUUGGAUUAGGGUAUGUGCAAGAAACCAUCGCUCGCCUCCAGAACCACACUCUUGGCUAUUCUGGAUCCCAAAUCAACGUGACACUGGAUAACAACACAGAUACUUUUCCACUAGACCAGUCAUUAUACUUUGACUUUAGUCACGAUACUAAUAUGAUGAGUAUUCUAACAUCGUUUGGAUUUCGCCAAUUUAAUGAACUAUUACCCCUUGACCACCAUCCUGGUGCACAUAAUCUUACGGCAAGCCACUUAGAACCUUUUGCUGCUCGACUCGAUAUAGAGAUCAUUAAGACCCCGUUCCCACUCUCGGCACAACGAAUUUACAACGAGUCUGGCAAUGAAACCACUUACGUACACUUUUUGUUAAACCAGAGGACUCUACCACUAGGAGUCAACUUUCCAGACUGUGGAAUUAAUAGGCUUGACGGUUGGUGCGAGCUAGAGACAUUCCUCAAGGUGCAAGAGGAUACAAUGAAAUUUGUCGAAUUCGAAUAUGCUUGUAACGGAGAAUACGAAGCACCAGCCUGGGGAGAAAUAACUGAUGGGGUACCGAAAAAUUGA